GUUUGGGCUCUGAUCGGAUGAGCUCAAACGAGCCACGAAGCUCUCAAGGCCGCGGAGCCCUAGUCGCCACCGGCCCUCCCCUUCACGAGCGCCGCUUGUGUAGUCGUCACCGUUUCGUCCUCCGACGCUUCUCCCAUUGACACCACCGCAGCCUGGAUUGGUCCUCGCCGGGUGCCGACCCGUCCUACAAAGUACCUCGACAGCAGGUUCCCCGGCCGAGUCCCAGUUGCUUAUCCAUCACCGGCUCGAGUAGAAUACAAUUUCAUGGAUGGAGAUUCCGCCGUUCACUUUGGUGGUUGCCACUGUAAGCAUGUGAGGUGGCAAGUUGAAGCACCAUCAAGUGUGGUAGCAUGGAGUUGCAACUGCUCUGACUGUUCCAUGAGAGGCAAUAUCCACUUCAUUGUGCCAUCAUCCAAAUUCAAGCUCGCAGCUGAUUCUGAUAAGUUCCUAACAACAUAUACUUUCGGAACCCAUACUGCCAAGCAUACCUUCUGCAAGAUAUGUGGUAUAACUUCUUUCUACUUCCCAAGAUCAAAUCCUGAUGGUGUUGCAGUGACGGUUAAGUGUGUCGACGCUGGUACUCUUGCUCAUGUUGAAAUUAGGCACUUUGAUGGGAGAAACUGGGAGAGUUCCUACGAUCAAACUUCCAUAGCAUCAUUUUCAAAAUCAGAUAAUGAAGGACAGACAUAGUUGUCUGAAUCACCAUGGAAGCGCCUUUACAUGUUUGGUUCGUGAGCUGCAAGAUCAGUAUCAAAAUUGAAGUUGGUUGCCAAAACCCAGUAAUUUUAAAGGGGAAGAUGAGUAGUUAUGUGCGACAGUAGUUU